AUGGCGAUCCACUCCGAGAAGCCCGGUAUGAGGGACCCUGUGCUGGCUGCAGAAGCAGCCCACGCCCAAGCUGUGGUAAAUGCUGCCACUGAAAAAUUGGAGGAUGAUCAGCUGGAGGACGCCUCGCCGUCGCCCUCGGCUCCGGGUCAAGUGGAGCUCACUGAGGACAUGUGCUACGAUCAACUGGGAUACUCGUUCAGUGAAACCAAGAAGUGGACCAUCAUCACCGUCAUCUUUCUUGUGCAAACCUCUAUGAACUUCAACACAUCGUUGUAUUCGAACGCAGCCUCUGGAAUCUCGGAGGAGUUUAAUGUUUCCAUGCAAGCUGCGCGGUGUGGUGCGAUGAUCUUCUUGGUUCUUUACGCCUUUGGUUGUGAACUUUGGGCACCAUGGAGUGAGGAGCUGGGUCGCAAACCCAUUCUCCAGGCAUCUCUGUUCCUCGUCAAUAUCUGGCAGCUUCCUGUGGCUCUGGCACCCAACUUCGCCUCCAUCAUGGUCGGUCGUGCCCUCGGUGGUCUCUCAUCCGCGGGUGGCUCGGUUACCCUGGGAAUGAUUGCCGAUUUGUGGGAGCCCGAUUCCCAACAAUACGCCGUGGCCGCCGUCGUGUUCUCGUCUGUUGGCGGCUCCGUGCUUGGUCCGGUGGUUGGUGGCUUCGUCGAAGCUUUCCUGCCGUGGCGAUGGAACAUCUGGAUCCAGUUGAUCUUCGGUGGUUUCGUGCAAAUUGCCCAUUUCCUCUUCGUCCCAGAAACCAGAACAACCGUGAUGAUGGACAAAAUUGCGAAAAAGAUGCGCCAGUCCGGCGAGAACCCUCAUAUCUACGGUCCCACUGAGGGCAUAUCUUUCCGCCAGCGUUUCCCUCCUCGUGAGCUCAUGGCUACUUGGAUCCGCCCUUUCAAGAUGUUCCUGACUGAGCCCAUUGUAUUGGUACUGUCGUUGUUGAGUGGUUUCAGCGACGCCCUCAUUUUCAUGUUCAUCCAGUCGCUUUCCCUUGUGUACGGCCAAUGGGGCUUCAAUACAUGGCAAAAGGGUCUGGCUUUCAUUCCAAUCGUCGUCGGAUACUUCAUCGCUUGGUUCUCCUUCUUCCCGGUCAUCAAACGCAAUAUCAGAGAGCGACGCGAAAAUCCAGAAAGCGAACGGGCUCAGUACGAGUCGCGCUUGUGGUGGUUGCUGUAUACUGCUCCCUGCCUACCCAUUGGCCUGAUCGGAUUCGCCUGGACCAGCUUGCCUCAAUGUCACUGGAUUGGAUCUAUGAUCUUUUCCGCUAUCAUCGGCAUUGCGAAUUACGCAAUUUACAUGGCCACUAUCGACUAUAUGAUUUGCGCCUACGGACCAUACUCUGCUUCUGCAACUGGCGGUAACGGAUGGUCUCGAGACUUCCUUGCUGGUGUGCUUACCAUUCCCGCUACGCCAUUCUACACAAAUAUCGGUGGCAAGUACCAUCUUGAAAAUGCCUCAACUAUCCUCUUCUGCAUCUCGGUACCACUUGUUGUUGCGGUCUAUAUCAUCUACUGGAAGGGUCCGGCACUACGCAAGCGUUCUCCAUUCGCGCAGCAGCUUGAGGAUGCCCGAAACCAAAUACAGUCGGAGAGCCGACGAGGAUCAAAGAUUCCCCAGGCAUCUCGCGCGAACUCAUAUGCACGCUCUCAACAGGACCUCCGCAUCCGCCCAGGAUUCGGCAGUCGAGGCAACUCACGAGUCAACUCUCAAGUCAACUCGCGCCGCAACAGCAUCAAUGUCAAUGCUUGA